GACGUCGCUUCAUACUGCUACAGUGUUUAUAGCACUAUUAAUAUCCAUACAGUUGAUUAUUAUGUCGGAGGUACGUGCAACUCCCCCGCCGGAUGUCUUCCAAGAUGGUUUGGAGGGCAUCUCAUCUACAGCCAAGCGUGCAGCUCCCAAAAAUCAAAACAAUAACUAUUCCGCCAGUUACAUUCCUGUGAACACUCAUAAUACCGACUUACAAGCGCCGCCCGCACUGCGUGGACGUAAAACUUUUGCAUUUUGGACGCUGGUAGGACUGCUAUUCGUCCUAGCCGUCGGUAAUCUGGUCCUGACGAUGACAAUCCUUGGAGUGUUGAAAUUAGGACAAGGCAUGCAAAGUUUGGAACUAGUUCCGGAGUACUCUGCCAUCAAGCUCUUUGGUAACACCGAUCUCAAUGAUAUUUAUAAACGCGACGGACGCCUUGAGAGUUACAUGGACCAUCCGAUACAGAUCGACGGCAUUGAUGCACCCCUAGUUUUCAACUUGACUAAUAAGUACGGACGCACCGUGCAGAAACUAGAAAUGAGCAAGAACGGAACCAUCAUCAACAAUACUAACAACUUUCUUGUCAAAGAUGAUGAAGAAAAUGAGAUCUUUACGACAAACGCGCCGAGUUUCAAUGUUCCGCAUGCAAUGCGAAAGUUAAACACCACUACAAUACAUACCAAUCGUAUUGUCGCGCCGCUAAAAGAUGAUUUGCUACUGGAGGGUAAAAGUGUACAUGUGCGAGGAUCAGAAGGGACGACACUGGAAGGCCGCGACCUUGUAAUAACCGCUGAUCGCGACAUUUAUAUCAAAUCGUUGAACGGAUCGAUUGUACUCGUUGGCAAAGAUGGCGUCCGACUGGAUCAUAAGAAACUGCCGAUAUUCUUGCCGAAGAUCAAUGAUAAGCUGACAAUGCAAUACAAAGUUUGCGUGUGCAUGCCGCAGGGGAAACUGUUCAAGAUUCCAGUGACAAGGGACAACGCAAGAGUUUACUGCGAUCGCAUCAAUAUGCAGCAGUUUAAUCCAUGCAUAUAAACAUAUAACACAAGACUAACCGACAAUACUAUGAAUAUUUGAUAAUUAAUGUAGUUGAUAGAAAAUGAAUAAUCAUAUCAUGUAAACAAUUCGUUGUAAAAAAUAUUUAGAAUUUGUUAGUGGUAAGCAAUUCUCCUUUGUUGAAUAAUUAUUGAAUAAAAAAAGUUAUAAUAUCUUGAAAGUGAA